ACAUCAACAACAAAAAUGACAAUGACCAAGAAACUAAUCAUAACACUUCUCCUUCUCAUCUCCAUAGCUUUCGUCCAUUGCUUGGCCUUCCAUGUGGAGUUUGAAGAGUUCGAACCACCGCAGCAAGAGGAACAAGAUGUUCCUCGCCGUAUCCUCGCCGUAGUCCUGCGUCGUCCCGGGGGCGGCUCAGGCGAGGGAUGGGAGGAAGAGUCAACGACCUCGUUUCCUUACAGUUUCAAGAAUUGGUUCCAAUCAAAUGAAGGGUUCGUGAAAAUAUUGCCUAAGUUCACAAAACGCGCACCAAAUCUCUUCCGUGGGAUUGGAAACUACAGAUUCGCGUUGUUUGAGAUGGAGCCAAACACUUUCCUUGUGCCUCACCAUUUGGAUGCUGAUUUCGUGGUGAUAAUACUACAAGGCCAAGGAGUGGUUGAGUAUGUGACGGACAAAACAAAAGAAUCGUUCCAAGUAACCAAAGGUGAUGUGGUGAGACUCCCUUCCGGCGUCACCCACUUUGCCACCAACACUAACCAGACCGUUCCUCUUCGUUUCGCGAAGAUCAUGGUCCCCGUCAACAAUCCUGGCCAGUUCAAGGAUUACUUCCCUGCUCGAUCCCAGUUUCAACAAUCCUACUUCACAGGGUUUAGCAAAGAAGUCCUCUCUGCGAGUUUCAACAUACCGGAAGAGUUGGUAGGGAGAGUAUUUUUUGGCUCACAACAAAUGGGACAAGGGAUUAUGCGGAGAAUUUCACCAGACCAGAUCAAAGAACUUACCGAAGGCGCUACUUCUCCUUCAAACAAACACAAAGAAAAAAAGUCCAAGCACAAAGACACGAACACGAAGUGGAACCCUUUCAAUAUCUUUAAACACGAUUCAGUUGAAACAUACACCAACGACUUUGGUCAUUUCCACGAGGCACAUCCUGAGAGUUUUGAUCAACUACAAGACCUUCACAUUUCCGUCGCUUGGGUCAACAUGAAACAGGGUUCCUUGUUCCUUCCUCACUAUAACUCUAGGACAACUUUUGUUACCUUCGUGGAGAAUGGUUGUGCUCGCUAUGAGAUGGCUUCUCCGUAUACAUCCCAAGGAGAGAAGCAACAACAACAACAAUUGUGGCCUGAACAAGGAGGGGAAGAACAAGAAGAAGAUAUGAGUGGACAAGUACACAAGAUUGUCUCAAGAGUGUGCAAAGGCGACGUCUUUAUCAUUCCGGCAGGUCAUCCAGUCACUUUAGUCUCACACGACGAGAACUUUGUCUCAGUAGGGUUUGGUAUCCAUGCAUCCAACUGCACAAGAACGUUCCUUGCAGGGGAAGAGAAUAUGUUGAGCAACCUUGACACUGUGGCGACUAAAGUCACGUUCAGUGUAGGAAGUAAAAUGGCGGAGAAACUGUUCACGAGCCAAAACUAUUCAUACUUUGCACCUACGACUCGUAGCCAUCAACAAACCCAAGAAAAACGUGAGCCAUCGUUCCAAUCAAUCUUCAGCUUCGCCGGUUUUUGAAAAUGCGUUCAGAGGUUCUAAGAAAAAGAAACGUUUGAUAAAUCUCUUGACUACGUAAUAAAAAAAAGAGUACGGUGACGCUUUGUAAGUUCUGUCUACCGAGGUUUCUUGAGUUGUAAAUAGCUCUUGGACGGCUCUGUUUGAUAAAUAAUAUAACCGGAAGGUUUGGUUA